UUUGACAGUUGACAUAACUAGCCAGUCGAAAAUAUAGUGAAAGCGUGCAGAAAUAUAACUCAGAUCUUUGUAAAAGUCAAGUGUAAAAAGUUUCGGCUCAUCUGCGGUGUAGUUAAGUGCACGAAUCGCGUUGUGAAAUGUAUUAGAAAAAGUUGCCGCAGAUCAAGUAAAGAAAAAGCCAUGCCAAAUACUUAGGAUCAAAAGUUAGCCCAUAAGCCAAGCAAAGCCACGCCAAGCCAGGCCAAGCAAACUUCCGCAAGUGUCCAGAAACUAACCACGUACCCACUCACCCACCACCCACCACCCACUUGCACUCCGUCAUGUUAGGCAGCAGGAGCCCCCCAGCUUACAAGCCGCUCGCAUCGGGAUCGGGGGGCUCCGCCAGCGCCAUCAAUCUCAGCUCCAGUUCAAAAUCGAGCAGCAACAGCUCCCACAGCGGCCAUUCCUAUCCGCAGGCCUACGCCGGCCACUCCCACGCCUGCUACCAUCAUCAGCAGCAGCAUCAGCAUCAGCAUCAGCAUUCCCAUCAUAGUCAGCAUAGUCAAGGAAGCCGCACGUCGCUAACACCAACCAUGAAGCGAGGCAAGAAGAACUGGGGCAGUCGAGAGCGAUCCAGCAUGAGUUUCCUCAUAGUCAUUCUCUUUUUCGCUGUCUUUGGUCUCAUCAUAUUGACCGAGGUUUUCAUGAUCGACGAGCGCUCCCACAGCGGCCUGAUGGCCAUGAGGGCCGGCGGCGGGGGCGGAGCCAGCCUGGGCGGUCGCCUGGGUGACGCGAUGCCGGAUUAUGAUAAUGUUAAGGAUGAUUACGAUCUGGACGACAGCAUUCUGAGUGACAAUAAAUUGGGUUUUAUACAGUUCCGUGACAAUAAACUCAAAAUUCAAGAAGCCGCAGGCGCCGAUGGCCAACGUCCGAGGUAUGCGGGCAUGCUGCUCAAUGGAGGAGUCGGAGCGGGCGAGGGCAACGGCGCUGGCGCCUUCGGCGUGGGUGUUGCCGGCGCCAGCAACGGGCUGAGCAUGCCGCUGAUACCGUGGGGCCAGCUGCUGCCCGCCCAGGUGGAGGAGACGCUGCCACAUUUCCCGUUUGGCACGGCGCCAGGCGACGGCGCCUGGCAGGUUGUCAAUGGCACCCGGUUCAAGUUCUUUGUCUAUUCCGCCUACUUCGAUCGACGCGAUGGAGCACGCCUUGUGCGCGUAGUUGGAGCCACCAAAACACGUGGACCAGAGCGCGUCUGGUGCAGAUUCUGGUAUGGCCCGACCACCUACAACAGCAGCGAGCCAUUCCCCUCAGCAGCACGUGCCAAAUACACCUCGGCCACGGUGAUGGCUCGCGUUAAGAUCAUACGCGAGAACUGGAAUUUGAAGUACAGCGCGUGCUUCGUGCUCUGUCCGGUGCGAGCUCCAUUGUUGGAGGUGCCCCAAUUUGUGAGCGUGGUGUCCAGAUUGCGAGCACCGCCCGGCAACUUGAUAACGUUGCGCAACACGGAUCAGGACGCGGACUUCGCUCAGCAGCCGGUGCCGCCAGCGUCAGCGAGCAAUACCAGCGCCGCGGGACACAGUGGAGCUACGCGUCGUCCCAAUGCCCAGGGACCGCCCAGCGGCGAGCAGAUACCUGAUAGGAUUGCCGUGUGCGUGAAGCCGUUUCACUUUAGCUACGAUCAGGCCUUGUAUCUGAUGGAGUAUCUGGAGUUCUAUGCUCUACUGGGCGUCUCGCACUUCACCUUCUACAACCAUACGCUUGGUCCGCACGCCUCCUGCGUGCUGCAGAGCUACCAGCAGGGCCAGGUGCCCGGCAACCUGACCGCCUUCGACUGGGAGCCGCUGCAGCCCGCCGAGGCAGCCGGCAAUGCAACGCCGCGUGUGCUCAAGUCGCUGCACUACCAGCGACCCACGGUCAGCAUUCUGCCCUGGAACCUUCGCAUGCGCUCCCAGAAGGAGAUACGCACCGAAGGUCUCUUUGCAGCCCUCAACGACUGCCUCUACCGGACAAUGUACCGCUACAAGUAUCUGGCGCUGGUCGAUCUGGAUGAGUUCAUCGUGCCGCGAUACACGGACACGCUCAAUGAGUUGCUAAGCUCGCUGAACCAGCGCUUUCGCAACCGCAAUACCGGCGCCUAUUCCUUCCAGAACGCCUUCUACUAUCUGCAGUUUGCCGACGAUCCGCUCGCCAGUUCAGGAAUCUCGGGCGGCAGCGAUCAGCUGGCCAGCGUGCGAGCCUCCCUGGUGACGCAGCGCAAGACGCGCAGGCGGUACAAACUGCAUCCGCAAAAACAACGCUCCAAAUACAUUUGCAAGCCCGAAGCUGUCGUCGAGGCAGGAAAUCAUUUUGUCUGGGAAUUCUCUCCGGGCAUGGGAUCACUCAAUGUGCCACCAAAGGAGGCCAUAUUGCAGCAUUAUCGGGUUUGUGAAUUUGGUGGCAAUGACUGCAUCAAGGCACCGUCUAUACUGGAUCGCACCACCACCAAGUACGUGAACCGCCUGGUGCAGCGCGUGGAUGCCGUCUAUCGGCAUUUGAGGCAGCGCUGCGAUCUGCCGGCGCUGCCAACGCUGCCCAAGCGCUCGAGCGCCCAGGCCCAGGAGCAACAGCACAACGAGAAGCCCAAGUUACUACAACAGAUGCGCGAAUCGAACGCGCAGCAGAGCCAGAAGGAGCAGCAUGAUCACAAGGAUCCGAGUGCGUCGCUCAAGGCAGCAACGAGUGCCACAACGAAGCAACAGCAACAGCAUCAGGUAAGGAAGCCGACGACGACAACGACAGCCCCACUCCAGGGUAAGAGUGGAGCACAGAGUCCACAGGGAGCAGCCACAAUGACGGCCAGGACAACAGCCAACGAUCCACUCAAGCAGCAGCUGCCGCCGCCGGCCAAUGUGCGCAAGAAACGCAAAUUGAUCGUGUUUGAGUUAGAUGAUAUGGGGGUACCCAUAGCGCGCGUUGAGUAUCACUGAGAAACGGUUUUAGCUGGCGAAAUAGUCGCCUAGGCGCUGGCCUCUUCCUGCAUGUGUGCAUUUGUGCCAAUUAGUUGGAGUUUUAGCAGCGAAUAAAGCAGAGCUUGAUUGAUUA